UAAUAAACCACCUAUAUAAAACACCUUUCACAUUAUCUUCACCAAUAAGAAAAAACUAACCACAAAAAAAUGAGAUUCAUCCUUGCUGUCGUCGCUACUGUUGUCCUAGCCGCUGUUGUAUCAGCAGGAGGAUAUGGUAAAGGACAUGGAGGAUACCACGGAUUUGGCGGAAAAGGAUAUGGUGGACAUGGUGGUGGAUACGGAGGAUAUGGUGGUGGAUACGGAGGACACUCUGUAGGUUAUGGUGGUGGAUACGGUGGAAGUAUUGGAGGACAUGGUGGAAGUAUCGGAGGAUAUUCUGGUGGAUAUGGAGGAAGCAUUGGAGGUUAUCAUGGUGGAUUAGGUGGAUCUUAUGGUGGAUUAGGUGGAUCUUACGGUGGAAUGAGUGGAUCUUAUGGAGGUUUAGGUGGAUCCUAUGGUGGAUCUUAUGGUGGAUUAGGUGGAUCUUAUGGUGGAUUAGGUGGAUCCUAUGGUGGUAUGAGUGGAUCUUAUGGUGGAGUAGGUGGAUCUUAUGGUGGUAUGAGUGGAUCUUAUGGUGGUAUGAGUGGAUCUUAUGGUGGAUUGGGUGGAUCGUACGGUCAAGCAAGUGGUUCCUACUACCCAUCUGGUGGAAUAUCCAAAGGAAUUUAUUAAAUGACUUUUAAACAGCACUUUAUAAAUCAUAUCAUCAAACAAAGUGAGAUGUCCACCCUUUGUUUCAUAGGGAUAAAAUAAUUUUAAUCUUUUAGAGACGUAAACAUAAAUUGAAACGGAUCAAACUUUAUAUAUAAAUACAGUGUGCUUUAAAAAAGUAUUCAUGUUCUUUUAAGUGGUUUUAGGUUUUGAUAGUUGUUUCAUCCACGGUCAAUUGAAUACCGAAAACAAAGUGACUCAAAGUCCGUUAACUUUAAUUAAGUCAGAAUUGUGUAUUUAUUGAAAAAUGUUUUUUUUUUUUAUUGUUGCAUUACUUAUGAAGAAUAUUUAAAGAGAAUAAAGAAUGACAUAUCAAAUAUUCGAUGAAGAGUAAAUAAAUGUUGUUUUUGUUUGC